AUUGGGUCCAAAUUCCGCACUAUCGCAAGUACGAGACCCGCGGUCUGGGGCCGCGGUCUUGGAACUCAAAUUGUCCAAUCGACUUCUACAGGUUUUCUCUCUACCCAACUUCUGCCACUUGAGCUCGAAGACAACGGAAAGAAAGGAAAGAACGGCAGCAGAUUAAAAGAAACUGCUUAUACAAAAAAAAAAAAAGAAACGCAACAAAGGAAAUCUGCAAAUGUCUUUCGGAGAAAAAGCAGCAGUGCGCUUGGCCAACAAGAUCGUGUUGAUCACCGGGGCCUCGGCUGGAAUUGGCGCCGCCACUGCCCAUGAAUUCGCGUCGGCGGCUAACGGCCACAUCAAGUUGAUUUUGACUGCACGGAGAGAGAGCCGCUUGGCAGAAUUGGCGGAUGAAUUGACCAAGGCAUAUGCGCCCAUCAAGGUGUACACGGCCAAAUUGGACGUCAGCGACACGGCCUCCAUCAAGCCGUUCGUGGCCAGCUUGCCUGCGGAGUUUGCAGACAUUGAUAUCUUGAUCAACAAUGCCGGAAAGGCGUUGGGAAGAGAGACUGUGGGCGACAUUGAUACCGACGACGUGGCCGGCAUGAUGCAGACCAACGUGGUGGGAUUGAUCAACAUGACGCAGGCAGUGUUGCCCAUUUUCAAGCGGAAAAACGCCGGCGACAUUGUGAACAUCGGCUCCAUUGCUGGCAGGGAACCUUACCCGGGUGGAAGUGUGUACUGUGCCACCAAAGCUGCGGUCAACUUCUUCACCCAUUCGUUGAGAAAAGAGUUGAUCAACACCAAGAUCCGGGUCUUGGAGGUCGAUCCAGGUGCAGUUGAGACCGAGUUCAGUGUUGUUCGUUUCCGUGGCGACAAGGCUGCAGCAGAUAAGGUGUAUGAGGGCACGGAGCCUUUGAUUGCGCAGGACAUUGCCGAGGUGAUUGUGUUUGGCGUCUCGCGGAGACAAAACACCGUCAUUGCCGAAACGUUGGUGUUUCCAAGCAACCAGGCUGGCUCGGCUCACAUCCACAGAAACACGUGAUUGGGGGAGAUGGCUACAGGCAGAUGAUAUUCUUGGUAGGCGGCCGUCAUUACUUUCUGUUGGCUCGGUGAUAUCCCAGUCUUGAGAAAUGGCGGUUGAAGCAACAGCAGAACUGGCCGUUGAAAGAGAGGCAGUUCAUGCUGUGCCAAUGACCAGCGCGCCGAUACAAACAAUGUUUAAUCCUAGCAUGAUUUGUAAUCCUAGCAUGAUGUUCAAUCCUAGCAUGAUCCUAGUAUGAUGUUCGGUCUUAGCAUGAUGUGUAAACCUAGCAUCAAUCCUAAAACGAUGUUCAACCCUAGCAUGGUG